UCAGUCGACUUGCAGACUUUCGCGUGCGCGGUGGUGCCAACUAACCAUAGCAAACCAUAUAGCGAAGAGCAAACAAACAGAUCGAGAAAUUCGCUGGGAUUAGGGCGCGACUUGUUGACAGUUUGCAGUCAUGUGAAAUGGUUCAAUUAGUGCAACAACAAUAAGACUGAAAGAAACCGUGUUUGAUUUACAUAAUUAACAAGUGCUGUGCGAACGGAGAUUUCGAAAAACCUCCCGCGAAUGAACAAGCAGAACGAGAAUCGAAAUAUAUUCCGAUAACGGCACUGUUCGUGGAGACCGCUACGACGACCAAAAGGCUCAUUAAGUUUACAUGCAUUGAAUUGCAUAACCAGCGGGCAAAAGAAGAUGAUGCUCCACUUACAUCACUGGCCACUCGUGCUGGCAGUGGCUUCCUGCCUGGCCACAGCAGCAACAUCAACGACAGCAGCAGCAACUCUAGCAACACCAGCAACACCAGCGACACCAGCAACAUCAGCAACACCAGCCACAUCAACAUCAUCUUUAUCCUCCAUUCCGGGCAAAUAUCAAGCCUUGGGUGCAGCCCACCAUCAGGCAAAGAAGCUGAAAAUCGGAGCCGUCAACGCUUCCUUCUCGGAUGCCAAUGGCCAUAAACCUGUAUCCCGGCAAAAUCCGAUCAAGAAUUGGUUCGGUGUCUUCAAUCGCAAUAAUUCGCCGGCAGCUCAGAACCAAACAUCGCCGACAUGUUCCUGCAGAUGUGGCGAACGCAACGACGAGUCAAGGAUUGUGGGUGGGACGACGACGGGCGUGAGCGAGUACCCGUGGAUGGCGCGGUUGAGUUACUUCAACAGGUUCUACUGUGGUGGGACGCUGAUCAACGACCGCUAUGUGCUGACGGCGGCGCAUUGCGUCAAAGGGUUCAUGUGGUUCAUGAUCAAGGUGACCUUCGGGGAGCACGAUCGCUGCAACGACAAGGAGCGCCCGGAAACCCGCUUCGUACUGCGCGCCUUCAGCCAGAAGUUCAGUUUCUCAAACUUCGACAACGACAUAGCCCUGCUGCGACUGAAUGACCGCGUGCCGAUCACCAGUUUUAUCCGACCGAUCUGCCUGCCACGCGUGGAACAGCGUCAGGACUUGUUUGUCGGCACCAAGGCAAUAGCCACCGGCUGGGGGACCCUCAAGGAGGAUGGCAAGCCCUCGUGCCUGCUGCAGGAGGUCGAGGUUCCCGUCCUCGACAACGACGAAUGCGUGGCCCAGACAAACUACACCCAGAAAAUGAUCACCAAGAACAUGAUGUGCUCCGGCUAUCCGGGCGUUGGUGGCCGUGACAGUUGUCAGGGCGACUCCGGCGGUCCGCUGGUACGACUCCGGCCAGAUGACAAACGCUUCGAACAGAUUGGAAUCGUGUCCUGGGGAAAUGGGUGCGCAAGACCCAAUUAUCCCGGGGUUUACACCCGGGUUACCAAAUAUCUGGACUGGAUAGUGGAGAACUCGCGGGACGGUUGCUUUUGCGACGAGGACUACUAAUAUAACUUAUAGAGAGUGCUCAAAGCGGUGGACAAUUCUUCGCCUUAGUUGUAGUGAAUUCCUUACUAGUUUAGGUCAUAUUUUGUACUUUUAUACUAAAACAACUGAAUAAAGUUAAACAAUGCAGUAGGUUAGAUAUCCCAAAA